AUUGACAAGACAGUUGGUCUUAACUAGGCAGACCACCGCAGCAGCAGGAAAUAAAUGACCAUGCUGCAGUCAGCGCGGCGUGCCGCGGGGUCGGCGGCGACGAUCACUCUCUCGGGAUCGCGUCUUCUCUCGAUGGGGUCGGUCGCCGGCCACUCGCCCAUGUCCAUGUGCGCCCCAGCGGUGCCUACGCACUGCAUAGCACGCGCCCGUUUGGCGGCGACGGCGGCGCCAGUGCCAGGCAGCAGCUUCGACAUGGAGCCGGCGGUGAGCGCUAAGGAGAAGAAGACGGAGCACGAGAAAGAGACGGCGAGCUACUGGGGCGUGUCGCCGACCCGGGUCGUCAAGGACGACGGCACCAAGUGGAAGUGGUCGUGCUUCAGGCCUUGGGACGCCUACGAGGCGGACGUGUCGAUCGAUCUGAUGAAGCACCACGAGCCGGUGACCUUGGGGGACAAGAUGGCCCGGUGGACGGUCAAGGCCAUGCGCUGGCCGACCGACAUCUUCUUCCAGAGGAGGUACGGCUGCCGCGCGAUGAUGUUGGAGACGGUGGCCGCGGUGCCUGGCAUGGUGGCCGGCGCGGUGCUCCACCUCCGGUCGCUGCGGCGCUUCGAGCAGAGCGGCGGGUGGAUCCGGGCGCUGCUGGAGGAGGCCGAGAACGAGCGCAUGCACCUUAUGACCUUCAUGGAGGUGUCCCAGCCGCGGUGGCACGAGCGGGCGCUCGUGGUCGCCGUGCAGGGCGUCUUCCUCCACGCGUACCUCGCUGCCUACCUCCUCUCCCCCGCGACCGCGCACCGCAUGGUCGGCUACCUCGAGGAGGAGGCCGUGCACUCCUACACCGAGUUCCUCCGCGACAUCGACGCCGGCAAGAUCGAGGACGUGCCAGCGCCCGCCAUUGCCAUCGACUACUGGCGCCUCCCCGCCGGCGCGACGCUCAGGGACGUCGUCAAGGUUGUCCGAGCGGACGAGGCGCACCACCGCGACGUCAACCACUACGCAUCGGACAUCCAUCACCAGGGGCAUGCGCUGCGGGAGAUAGCGGCGCCGAUAGGGUACCACUGAGAAAAGAAGAACCAGGAGCUAGCUAGUAAAAACCACGAAGGCGUGUCAGAAACUGAAUAAAUUCGGAUGGACGCAAUGAUCGUUGCUCUUUCCGGACAUACCUGCAAGAUCUGCCUGUUCCUUUCCUGUGUAUAUUAGUUUCGUUUGGAGUUUGAUUCCCAGUCUUAGUUUGACGUCGAUUUGAGCUUCCUGCUUCUGUUUGAGUUUGAUUCUCUGUCUUCGUUUGACGUCGAUUUGAGCUAAAUCAAUGUAUAUAUUGGGAGUUUAGUUUAUGCCAUAUUUGAGAUGUGAAGCUUUCUAUUUCUCUUAAGAAUUGAGAAGUUUACGACUUUA